CUGCUGGCAACUUCCUUUUCUCUCUUUUCAAGCCUCCCCUCUCGUCCCGUUCGUUUGCAACACCCCUCGAUCCCAAUGUUUCUUUCACUCCCUCUUUCUCUCGCAUCCUCACGAGGAGGAGGACGAGAAGCAGGAAAGAUGAGCGAUCAAGAGGAUCUCGAUUACUACAUCAAGUUCCCGUCGUUUCCACCAUCCCCGAAGGAUCCAACGUUAACCACCGGUAGCCAGGAUCAGCGUGAAGAAUUCGUGUUUGUCUACAAAGAAAACAAGCGACCGGUAAUAGUACUACUUGGAUGGGCCGGUUGUCAGGACAAAUAUCUGGCCAAGUACAGUGCAAUUUACGAGGAAAAGAGCUGCAUCACGCUACGAUACACAGCGCCGGUGGAAUGCUUAUUUUGGCGAAGAGACAAAAUGCUUUAUAUCGGCAAACGAUUGAUCCAGGUGAUCACUGACAAGAGUUUAGAUCAACACCCAAUAUUCUUUCAUGUCUUCAGUAAUGGUGGCGCGUUUCUAUACCAACAUGUGAGCCUUGCCAUGCAACAAGCAAACACACCGCUUGAGGUCAAAGGAGUAAUAUUUGAUAGUGCACCAGGAGAAAGGAGAUUAACCGAAGCUCUUUUCAAAGCAAUCAGUGCGAUCAUCGGGGGUCAUCCACUUACAAAUAUACCGAUGUCCUUCUUCAUUACAAUUUUCCUCUCUAUACUUUGGUUCUUAGAGGUCAUCGCUCACGCUCUCGGCCGUGGUUAUCCAGUGCAAACGAAUCCAAUCGGUCUUGCUGAAGAAUCUUAUUCUUGGCCCCAAUUGUUUCUUUACUCUAAUGCUGACACUUUAAUUCCGGCAUCGGAUGUUGAAAAGUUCGCGAGCCGACGUGCAGAACGCGGUGUUCGAGUACAGCUGGUGCUUUUCACAAAUUCUCCUCAUGUUAAACAUUAUGCUACGUAUCGUGACGCCUACGUAAAUACAGUUUGUAGUUUUAUUCAUGAAUGCCUGACGUCACAAAAUUCUGAAUGCUUGGAAUUAUCACAAAGUCACGAUGUAGAGAAUAAUUCACAAAACUAUGUCACUUUACCGAAUCUUACCAAGAGAGUUAUACUACCUCAGGAGGCCACUAAGUUAAAUUAGAAAGAAAGGAGAGAGAAAGAGAGAAAGAGAGAGAGAGAGAGAGAGAGAGAGAGAGA